GAUUUCAUCGCUUACGCAGUCUCCGGCGUGUCCUUGCAUGUGGACCGUCUCUGCCAAGCCAUUUCAGAAACGAUCCAGCGACCCCGUAUCACUUUGGAUGAAGUUGAGACUGCUCGGCGCAGCAUUGGUUUUGAACUGUCAAAUUUAGAGGCCUCGCCUCCUGUAGAGCCGUUGCUCACUGAACUGCUUCACACGGCUGCCUAUCGAGGUAGCAAUACCCUCGGCCUUCCGCGUUACUGCCCCAAAGACAAUCUAGACAAAAUUCAACGCACUGAUAUCAUCAACUACUUGAGCUCUCUUUUCAGACCUGAACGAAUGGUACUAGCAGGUGUUGGUGUGAACCACGAUUCGCUCGUAAAGGCUGCUGAAGCCGCCUUUUUACCCUGGCAACCCAGCUAUGCAACUCCAAACCCACUGCCGCCUGACUCUUCGAUUCCCCAAUACUGUGGGGGCCACGUUUCGGUAAGGCAUCUUCUCUUUGCCAAACUCAGCCAGCAAGAGCGCUGGAAAUGCAACUAA